ACGGAACUCUGCCCUGUCUAGGUUUGUUUCCUCCCGUGAACAGUGAACAACACAAAUGGAACAGCUUCCACAGACCAGCAGACACCCACAGACCAGCAGACACCCACAGACCGUCGUCAAACCACAUUAGCCACUGCUGAACCCACCAAAUGCACCACAUCCUUCACACUGGACAAUUUCUGUUGGGAAAAACCUACGACACAGUCUGGAAUAGAAGUUGGUGUAGUUUAGUGAAGAUGAUGCGUGCAGUGUGUGUUGACGAACCAGGAGGCCCGGAGAAGCUGCUGAUUCGGACCGUACCCAGACCUCAGCCUAAAGACGGACAAGUCCUCAUCAAAGUCCACACCACAGCCCUUAACAGAGCCGACUUACUGCAGAGACGUGGACUGUACCCUCCUCCACCAGGUGAGAGUGACAUCAUGGGCCUGGAGGUGGCUGGGACGGUGGAAACCACUGGCCCCAAGGUGAAGAGUGUCUGGAGACCCAACGACAGGGUCAUGGCGCUGAUCUGUGGAGGAGGAUAUGCUGAAUAUGUAUCUGUACCGGAGGAACUCCUCAUGGCUGUCCCCCCUCAUCUCAGCCUGAGUCAGGCGGCGGCCAUCCCAGAGGCCUGGCUCACCGCCUUCCAGCUCCUGGAUCUGAUAGCUCAGGUGAAGCAGGGGGAGGUGGUGCUGGUCCACGCUGGGGCCAGUGGAGUGGGUUCUGCAGCCGUGCAGCUGGUCCGUCUGUUCGGCGCCGUGCCCAUUGUUACUGCAGGGAGCUCGGACAAACUGAAGAUGGCGGAGACACUGGGAGCAGCAGCUGGGUUUAACUACAAACAGGGAAGCUUUGUGCAAGGAGUUCUGGACUUUACUGGAGGUAAAGGAGCAAAUGUCAUCCUGGACUGUAUUGGUGGGAGUACCUGGGAGCAGAAUGUCACUUGUUUAUCCACAGAUGGCAGGUGGGUGCUUUAUGGCACAAUGGGAGGCCGUGAAGUGAACGGAGAUCUGCUCGGAAAGCUGCUGUCGAAAAGAGGACAUUUACUCACCAGUCUCCUGCGAUCCCGAAACCUGCAGUAUAAAGCAGACUUGGUGCGUGCUUUCUCACAGAGAGUGUUGCCAUAUUUCUCAGAGCAUCCGUCCCCCCUGAGGCCGGUGAUUGACAGCACUUUCAGCCUGGACGACGUCACCAAGGCUCAUCAACACAUGGAAGACAACAGCAACAUGGGAAAGAUAGUCCUACAUGUGAUUCCUCAGAGUCAGGAAACGCAGUAGUAUGAUCAGUAUUCAUCCGUCACACGCACCUUUGAUUUAUGCCAGUGAAUGUCACUAUGGAACAGUGGGGUUUGUUUAAUGCAGGUAAUUUCACAGUAGAUGUGCAUCAUCUGCUGAUAAAAUGACCCGCGUCUUGAUGUAUGAUGUUUCACCGUGUAAUAAAGUGAAUUAACAAAUGAUUGAUUUUUAGUUUUCAUUGGAAUGUAGAAAAUAUU